GAAAGAGAUUUAAAGAGAGAGAGAGAGAAAGAGAGAGAGUUAGGGAGGGAGAUAGAAAUUGAUCCAAAAUCAAUGUAACACAACACGACACACAUUUGAUCGGAAAUGAGACGUGACCCAUUUCACACACGCUCCUCGAAUCUCCCGAGGACGACAAGGAUGGACGGAUGGGCGCUACGUCUUCUCGUGUGCUUACUCCUCGUCUGUGGAGGAGCUUCAGGCUCGGAGUACGAGCUCGGUGCUCACCCGCGCUUCAUCUGCACCCCCAUUCCCCCCGAUGCCCCCUGUGUCCCCUCUGAUAGCACCAGCCACCAUAGCGGCCAUCACAGUGGCCAUUAUGGCGAGCAUCACAGCAGGCACCACGGCGGCCAUUACGGCAGCCAUCAUGGUGACUCCUGGUGGGGUGUGUCGGAUGAGGCCACGCCCACCAUCUUGCACCUGCGUGAGAGCUUAGUGCAGCAGAAGGAGACCAUUCUGGACCAGAGGGAGACGAUCCGCGAGCUCACCUCCGAGCUGGCGCUAUGCCAGGGCUUCGGGCACGGCCUGGGUGGGCACGGACACGGUCAUCACCAGCGUCACCACGGCAACCACGAGCACACGGGUGACGAGACCAUGAGCCUGUCACACUCGAGCUCUCCGGAGCAGAUGAGCCACAUGCUGGCGACGUUAAAGGAGAGACUGGAGAACCUGCAGACGCAGAACACGUCCACAGCGUACUCCGCCUCUCUGAAGGAGCUGCUGCGGAGGAAGAUCUCCGCCCUGGAGCAGCAGCUGCUGCAUCAUGCCGCAUCUAUCACCGACAGGAACCAUCACCACGGUGAUGACGAGGAUGACGAUGAACACCACGACGGCCAUCACGACGGCCAUCACGACGACGAACACCGUGACGGACAGCGCGACGGUAACAACAAUCACCAUGACGACGGCGGCCACCCGAGGACAUCGCUCCGCUCGCAGGAUCGCAGGACAACGCAUGACGAGCUGGACAAAGUGCUGAAGCAGCUCACACACGGUGCACGCUCCAACACAGGUACGAGGAAGAGAAGCAAAUCUUCCAGAAGUUUCCAGAUUGGCUUCCCCAUGCGCACAAACUACAUGUAUGGGAGAGUGAAGAAAACUGUGACGCGCGAGAUCUAUGCCAUGACGCUGUGCAUGUGGCUGAAGGGCGGAGCCUCGGGCAUCGGCACGCCCUUUUCCUACUCCGCCCCCGGGCAAGCGAACGAACUGGUACUGAUCGAGUGGGGGGACAAGCCGAUGGAGCUGCUCAUCAAAGACACGGCAGUGAUAUUACCCCUGUCGCUGCAUGAUGGGAAAUGGCACCACGUGUGUGUGACCUGGCUGGCACGGGAUGGAGUAUGGGAGGUUUUUCAGGACGGAGCAAAGAGAGGAUCUGGGGAUAAUCUUAACGCCUGGCAACCCAUCAAACCUGGAGGAGUGUUCAUUUUGGGACAGGAGCAGGACUCACUCGGCGGACGUUUCGAUGCCACCCAGGCGUUUGUUGGUGAAAUCUCAGACCUGCAGCUCUGGUCUCACACACUCACGCACCACGACAUCUACAGCCUCGCGUCCUGCCGAGGUCACAUGACCGGUGAUGUCAUAAGCUGGGCGGAAUCAGUGGUGGAGCUGCACGGUGGGGUCACCAAGUACCCAUUUGAUCCCUGUCACUAA